AUGUCAGCAAGGAAGCGCCAUCCAGUCGAAUUGAUCAUUUGGAUAGUAAUUGUCGGAGCAGCAAUUUAUGGAGCUAUAGUUCUUAGCAGUAUAACUUUGAGAAGAUAUACGGAAAAUCCAACUGUGAUUUCGAUGGAAAGGGACAGAUUUUCAUGGAAUACCACUUUUCCAGCUGCUACAAUUUGUCCCACUUAUAAAAUCAAUGAGCCUUUACUUGAAUUGUAUGUUCAAAGCUCGACAGAGAAGAACAAAACGCUUCUGAGAGAGUUUUUGGUAACUUUAUCUCAAGCUACUUAUACUAAUUUUGAAACUGUUGUCGAAUAUGAGGGUAUUGCGGAGGAGAAUUAUUUAGAUAUUUUGUUGGAUUUGCAGUUUGAGUUUAAACCUGCCGUUUCUAAUUCGGGAGGCAACGACAAAAAGUACACUUUGCAGAAAAUUGUUUCCGAAAUGGGCAUUUGCUACAGUUUCAAUUCAAAAUUAGCGAUUUACAAUUCCCCUGAUUAUUGGGAUGAAGGAAACUGGGAUUUAAUUGAGGGUAAUGAAACUUUUUACGUAAAUCCUUUAGAUGGAGAAGUUUUUGCGAAUGUUAUGAAUAUGUCUACCGGUUUUGAUGUAUUAUAUUUAACAAUCAAGCAACGAAAGUGUAGAUUUUACGACGAAAGCAAUUUAAAACAUUCUCCUGCGUAUUCUUAUGUUUUAUGUCGAAUGGAGUGCCGGGCUGCAUUGGCCAAACGGUUAUGUGGUUGUGUCCCACACUUUUAUAGAAAACUGGAAGGUCAAAAAAUUUGCAACAUCCUCGGCCUCCACUGUUUGGCAAAACAUAAAGAAAAACUGAUCCUUCUCAAAGGCGAAUGCUCUUGUCUUCCCAACUGCGAUGAAGUUAACUACAUUAUUGAAGAUAUGGAUACCCGAGAAUGGUUUUUAGGAUCGAAUCUGCAAUGGGGCCUCAAAGAAUAUCCUAAAAUGCGUUUACGUCGUGACAUAAUUUUUGGUUUUUCCGACCUACUUGUUUACAUUGGCGGAAUGGCUGGCUUAUUUUUAGGCUGCAGUGUGUUAAGUUUUAUCGAGAUUAUCUAUUUUUUUACUUUGAGGCUUUAUUGGUUUGUGAUUAAAUAUGGUAAAGAGACAAGAGAGAGGUUCUGA